AUGUCAUCAUCAACCUCUGCAAGUGUCCAGAAUAGGACGUGGUUUGAAGAUCUCUUUGCAGAUGACAGAGUGAGAACCCUAUCGCACCAGGUCUCCACUCUUCAGGAUAGGGUGUGGGAGUUGGAGCACAAGAACACCCAGCUGCUUGGUGACAAGGGUAAACUGGAGAAGCAAUUGGAGGAGACGAAGGCAGCGGCUCGGGCCAUCACAAGCCAGAAGGAAGAUGUGGAGAGGAGCUUGAAGGGUGAAAAUGACAAGCUUCGGUCGGAGGUUUUGACCGCGGAGGAAAAGUAUAGCCAAUCUGAAGUGGAGGUCGAGAAGCUCAAGAAGGAAUUAUGUGCAUUGGUGGAGGCAAAUGAGGUGGCUAUGAAGGCAUUUGAUGUUGAGAAGGCAGAGAUGAUGCUCGAAGCUGAGGAGCUUAAAAGGAGGGUGGAGGAACUCCAAUCCAAUAAGGAUUUGAUGGAGGAUGAAAUUAAAAAUCUUCAGCUAGAUGUUCUUACUGCAAAUAAAAAAUAUAGCCUAUCUGAAGCAGAGGUUGAGAGGCUCGGUAUGGAAUUGAGUGCAUUGAUAGAGACGAAGGAGGCAGAUGCGAAGGCAUUUGAUGCUCAAAAUGCGGAAAAUAUGAAGAAAUUGGAGGAUCUUAGGAAGAAGUUGGACGAAAUCCAAACAAAUAAGGAUUUAGUGGAGGGUGUAAAUGAUAAGCUUCAAACGGAGAUUUUAACAGUAGAAGAGAAAUAUAGCCAAUCCGAAGCAGAGGUUAAGUGCCUUAAGCAUAUAUUGGCUGCAUUGGUGGAGACAAAGGAGGCCGCUGCAAAGGCAUUUGAUGCUGAGAAGGUAGAAAUCAUGAAGGAAUUAGACAAUCUUAAGAGGAAACUAGAGGAAAUCCAAGCUAUCAAGGAUUUAACGGAAAGUAAAAAUGACGAGCUUCGGUCAGAGAUAUUGGCUAUGAAGCAUAAACAUAGUCUAUUUGAACAAGAAGUUAAGAGCCUUAAGAUGGAAUUGGAUGCACUAGAGGUGGCAAAGGAGGCUGCUGUGAAUAAGAAGGCAGAAAUCCUAAAGGAAUUGGAUGAUCUUAAGAGGAAGGUGGAGGAAGUCCAUGCCAACAAGGAUUUCGUGGAGGGUGAAAAUGAUAAGCUUCGGUUGGAGAUUUCGACUGCAAUACAGAAACAAAGCAUGUAUGAAGCAGAAGCUAACAACCUCAAGGUGGAAUUGGGUGCAUUAGUGGAGGCGAAGGAGGCGGAUGCAAAGGCGUUUGACGCCGAGAAAGCAAAAGCCAUGAAAGAAUUGGAGGGCCUUAAGAAGAAGGUGGAGGAAAUCCAGACCAAAAAGGAUUUGGUUGAGGGAGAAAAGGAUAAGCUUCGGCUGGAGAUUUUAAUAGUGGAACAGAAACAUAGCAUGUCCCAAUUAGAGGUUAAAAGGCUCAACAUGGAAUUGGUUGCGUUAGCAGAGGAGAAGGAGACAGUUGUGAAGUCAUUUGAUGCUGAGAAGGCAAAACUCAUGAAGGAAUCAGAGGACCUCAAGAGGAGGAUGGAAGAGAUCCAAGUCAUCAAGGAGGCGGCUGAGGAAGCAUGGCGCGGCAAGGAUGCUGAGGUCAAUAGGCUGAGGGAUGAGUUGGUGAAUAUCCGUGUUUCUAUGUCACAGCUGCAAGCAUCCUACGACGGACUUGAUGCCAAGCAUUCACGCCUGAAUGAUGAGAAGAGUUCAAUCCAGAAAGCAUUAGAAGCUGAGAAGGUUGAAGCAUGCAAGCUGAAGUCAAAAAUUCAGGAACUUGAGAAUUACAAUGCUGGAAAGGAUGGUGAGACUGAGAAACUGAAGGCGGCGCUGGAGGAGAAGAAGAGUGAGAUCGAUACCAUGAGCAAGGACAUUGAGCAGCUGCAUCUCGCGGUUGCUGAGGCGCAAGAGAAGAAUAAGGGUAGCAUUUUAUCAUGCUUAUCAUCGUGCCGCUCGAAAUGAUUAGGUUGACAUGUCUCGCGUUACUAAUGUAAUGGUGCUCAGUUGGUAUUAUGCAAUGAAAUAAAACUUUCAUA